AUGUCUGCUCUGAGGAUGGGCCAACAAUAUCACGUGAAAGCACAGACAUUAACUGUGGAACCUCUGGAGUAUUACAGGAGAUUUCUGAAAGAAAACUGCCGUCCUGAUGGAAGAGAACUUGGUGAAUUCAGAACCACAACUGUAAACAUAGGUUCAAUUAGUACUGCGGAUGGUUCUGCUUUAGUAAAGCUGGGAAAUACUACAGUAAUUUGUGGAGUUAAAGCGGAAUUUGCAACACCAUCAACAGAUGCUCCUGCUAAAGGAUAUAUUGUUCCUAAUGUAGAUCUACCACCCCUGUGUUCAUCAAGAUUUCGGACUGGACCUCCUGGAGAAGAGGCCCAAGUGACUAGCCAGUUCAUUGCAGAUGUCAUUGAAAAUUCACAGAUAAUUAAGAAGGAGGACUUAUGCAUUUCUCCAGGAAAGCUUGCUUGGGUUCUGUAUUGUGACCUCAUUUGCCUUGACUAUGAUGGAAACAUUUUGGAUGCCUGCACAUUUGCUUUGUUAGCAGCUUUAAAAAAUGUACAGUUACCUGAAGUUACUAUAAAUGAAGAAACUGCUUUAGCAGAAGUUAAUUUAAAGAAGAAAAGUUAUUUGAACAUUAGAACGAACCCAGUUGCAACUUCCUUUGCUGUAUUUGAUGAUACUUUGCUGAUAGUUGACCCUACUGGAGAGGAGGAGCAUUUGGCAACAGGAACCUUAACGGUGGUAAUGAAUGAGCAUGGCAAGCUGUGUUGUCUACACAAACCAGGUGGGAGUGGACUGACUGGAGCUAAACUUCAGGAUUGCAUGAGCCGAGCAGUUACAAGACAAAAAGAAGUGAAAAAACUAAUGGAUGAAGUAAUUAAAAGUAUGAACCAAAAAUAAACAGCCACCAUGUUUUGAAAACAGAUUUGUAAAAAAUGUAUUGUUACACUGUGCACAAAUAUUUUAUACUAAAUAAAUAUCAAACUACAUUCUUUUGAGAGAUGUUUCUAGUACUUAUUAGCUUAUUUCUAUAGAUGGUAUGUACAGUGAAAAGAUCUUUAAAAAGCAAUGACUUAGGUAAAUCAAUCCUAGUUCAUUUAACCAUUUCCUCAUUUGUAUUUAAAAAUCAGGGCUGUGCUUCUGUAUAAAGUUCAUACAGUUAUCAAUGUAAAAUACCAACAUCUUAAAAAACGAAGUGAAGUAGAAAUGCAUUUCUUUCGAUUCAACGCUUUUGUUUUUUUUU